AUCGUACUAUGAUUUUGAGGUUACAAUUUAAAGUAAUGAGAUUACGAUUACUUUUACGUAGAUUUUCUAGUUUAAAUAUUUCUAAAACUAAAGCUAUGAAUUCCGAAAAAUGUUACUUCAGAUAUAUACAAAAGGAAGAAACGGUAGAUAUUACAUUCCUAUACAAAAUUAAGGAUUCUGUAAGGCAAUUUAAUUUUAGUCGUAAACCAACUGAAACCCUGCAAAAUGUGUUUGUUCGUAUCGCUACGAAUAUACAAAAAGCUAUAAAAAAAGCAGAUAAAAAGAAGGCAAAAGAAGGCCUUAACGAUAUCGAGAUAAAGUUGGUAAAUGUUCUUAAUGACAUCAGUGAACAGUCGAGUUGUUUAGAUUUGUUUAAUACUAAAGAGCCUAUACAUCUUAAGUUUGGAGACCAGAUGUUUAAAGCGGUUUUUAACGCUCCUUGGGUAGUAAACAUAAAUUUGCCUCAAAGUAUUUUAAUGGGCUUUCCUGUUUACCCAGAUCAUUUGGCACUGCAAUAUGCCAGUAAAGAAACAAGCCUUUUCAAAUGGUACACAGGUUUUGACAAAAAUGAAAAAGGAAAUGAAAUGAGUCCCUUUCACAUUAAAUGGGAAUUAGUUGGUGAAAGUUAUACAUAUACACCAACAGCUCAAGAUGUUGGGAAGAAAUUGAAAAUAGAAUGUAUUCCAGGUAAUGGAGAAACUACUGGACCUACAGUAGAAGCCAUUUCCAAAAAUGUGGUUGAAGCUGGUCCUGGGAAAUGUCCUUUCGAAACAAGGCAUAUGUUCACUGCAUCAAAACUAACAAAUAACAGAUUUCGUUGUGUGACAUAUAAUAUCCUGGCUGAUUUGUAUUGCGAUUCAGAUCAUACAAGAGAAGUUCUAUAUCCAUAUUGCCCACCAUAUGCUUUGAGCAUUGAUUACAGAAAACAACUUAUAUUAAAGGAAUUGACAGGUUACAAUGCUGACAUUCUUUGCCUACAAGAAGUUGAUGCCAAAAUCUUCAAUCAUUAUUUGCAGCCUCUCUUACAAGAAAAUGGACUUCAUGGUGUGUUUUAUAAGAAAGGAAAAGAAGUUGCAGAGGGAUUGGCUUUGUUCUACAGAAUGGACAGAUUUAGAAUUUUAGGUGAGGAAAAAGCACUGAUUGCAGAAGUUAUACAGACUAAACCUUAUCUACAAGAAGUUUGGAAUAAUGUUAAAGAAAAUAACAAGCUUACAGAAAGAUUGUUGGACAGAUCAACAGUGGCAAGUGCAACAUUUUUACAACCAAUUGAAAAUCCAAAUGAGAUACUUUUAGUUGGCAACACCCACUUAUAUUUUCACCCAGAUGCAGAUCAUAUAAGACUCAUUCAAGGAGGAAUUUUAAUUUAUUGGUUAAAUGACGUAAGAAACACAUUGAAAAAUAAGUUUCCAGGAAAAAGAAUAUCUGUGAUAGUUUGCGGAGACUUUAAUAGCGAUCCAUUAGCCGGCAUUUAUAAAUUAUUCACCACGGGCUCAGCUCCUAAUUCCUUGCCAGAUUGGAAGUCAAAUCUAGAUGAAGCUAUUUCUUAUCUUAGCUUGAAUCAGGAAACUAUUCUUGCAAGUGCUUGUGGCACUCCACCUUGCACAAACUAUACAGCUGGUUUUGCAGGCUGUUUGGAUUACAUAUAUUACGAGAAGGCUUGUUUCCAAGUCGUACAGGUGGUUCCAUUACCCAGCCUUGAAGAAAUCCAAGCAUACACUGCUUUACCAAGCAUUGUAUUCCCUUCUGAUCAUAUAGCCUUAGUUGCAGAUUUAGAAUUUAGCCAUAACUAAAUAGAUUCUAAUCCCAUUUUUACCCUCAUAAGAAAUAAAACAAAGCUACUUUUUACAAAAGCUUUGUUUUAUUACUUUCUUAUACAAAUUACUUAGGUUUAACGGACAGAAUUUAGGUAUUUUGUUUUAUUUUGGUAAAUAAAAAUAAGU